AUGAAGCGAUGUCGCUUUUGUUGCAAGCCCUGUUCGCUCGUGGCGGGCAUCGUCUGCCUGACAGCGGCUGCCCAUGAUUCUGAGCCGCAUCUGUUGUUGGGCGUUGCCCCCGCGGACGCCGCCCCCACCCUGGGGCGUGCCAGCCAGGUCAACGGGGCCUGGAGCUGCGAGAACCCCACCACGCUGGCGCAGGACCUCAAGCGCACGCUGGGCUUCCAGGGCUACGUCAUGUCGGACUGGGGCGCCACCCACUCCGCCUCCAUCAUGCAGGGCCUGGACAUGGAGCAGGCGACCCAGACGUACAUGAACGGCCAGGUCCUCAAUCUGGCGCUCGAUGCCGGCAACGUCUCGCAGGCCGCCAUCGACGAUUCCGUGGCGAGGAUCCUGUGGUCGAUGUUGUCGACGGGUGUGAUGGACGAGCCGCUCUCGACUUGGGACAGGAGAAGAACAUCAAAAGGAACGUCACAUCUGAGGCCUCGAGGUCCUCUGCUCGCCGCCUCGCGGCCGCGUCGACGGUCCUGCUGA